UCCAAUCAAAGUGCCGAUUGUGGCUUCUGAUGUGCUUGAAUUUCUGUGCAAAGAAAGUUUAGGCUUCUCAUUUCCAUUCCAUGAGGUAGUUAUUGUACAAACAUAUCGUAGCAUUUUGUUAGCACUACUUCUGGACCUACAAUAUUGCUUGCUGUAGCUAACAGUCAUUACUUUCACGGCCAGCGCACGGGCUGCACUAAGCCGCCCUGGGCGGCUUUCAUACUGUUCUAAGGACCGCUAUGGCACCAGUGGUUUUGAAUAUAUACGACCUAGCACCUCAGAAUAACUGGACAUAUUGGUGCGGCGUUGGUAUUUUCCACUCUGGUGUCGAGGUAUACGGUGUGGAGUAUGCUUAUGGAGGGCACGACUAUGAUUAUUCAGGAGUGUUUGCUACGAACCCUCGUGAUGCUCCCGGGCAAGUCGUCUUCCGCGAGAGCAUCCCUAUGGGGGAAACCACCAUGACGCAGCAAGAGAUCCACCACCUAGUCCAGCGCAUGGGAAACGAGUACAAGGGCAACAACUAUCACUUGUUACAGCGCAACUGCAACCACUUCGCAAACGAUCUGUGCCGACAGCUAGUUGGGAGAGAUGCUCCGAGCUGGAUUAACAGGCUAGCAGGUAUCGCGGUCAUGCUUCAUUGCCUGAUCCCCACCUCCUGGGUCCCGCCCUUGCAAACGCCUUCAGCCUUGCCGACGCUGGAAGGCAGCAUUCCCGCGACUGGCCGCGACGAGGGCAAAUUGCUGCUGGAUCCGGUGGGGCAUCGAUCCGACGUUUAUGGCGAGCGGCUGCAGCCGUCGGCAAUGCUGCCCACCGCUACGGGCACCCGCGUUUGAUGUCUGUUCCGUUCGGUUGCUCCGGCGUUUGGCAGGAGGAGCCGUGUUGAGAGAGUCGUGAGAGGGUCCGCUGUGGAUUAGGUGCUCUCACUGCGGCUGUCUUAGGGCCUGCGGACCGGCACCUGGGAGGCUGUCGGAGCCCGGUGUCGAACUAGGACGGGAUUGCUUGCUACGCGGUUGGUUGCUGCAGGGGUAGGGGUGUAAAUCAGUGCUUUGAUUAUCAAGUUGCUUCAUUCUGAUGUGUUGUGAAUCUGGGUUGUGGAUUGGGGGUGAUUGGUUCUGCAAUGGCACUUGGCACCGAACCUUUUUGCGACGGUAACCCUCCGGCGACUUGGCGGCGCCACACCACCAACAGCAGCAACACUGUGUGGACGGAGCAAGGGUGUUGUUCCAAUUGCCUUCUCUGUGAGGGCCGGCAUUAGGAUUGAUGUCUCAUGCCUCCGGACGCACGGACGGCCGCCACGCGUGGCUGGAUGCCAGCAGGGACCGCUCAAACCCUUGUAGCAGCGCUUUCCUCCGUCAGCCCGUUCUAGCCUAUGACCUCCUCUCAAU